CUAGGUGCAACUCUGCUGGGAAAGGGGGAGAAGGCAGGCAGCCCCUGAGUGCAAAUUCCUCCGCGCAGCGCGCCAUUGACUGGCCUGAGCAACUUAUUUAAGGCUGGAAAUUGACACACGGGGGGGGCUUUUUCUUCCAGCCUCUCCUCGUUCGGCUAAGGGAGCUGGUCGUGCGACGGGCUGUGGAGCAGGGAUGCCUUCCAGGUGACCUGGUGCAAGGAGCGGCUGGGUCACCUGGCUGCAGAUCUCUGGGGCAGGGGGAGCAGCCUGGGCAGAAAAGUGCCUUUCCCUGCCGCAAACUUCCCAGCCGGGCUUUCGUGCCCCCCCCCCCCUUUUUUUUUUUUCCCCCCCCCCCCCCCCCGGCUCGGGGCCGGCGGAGCAUGGAGAGGUGCGAGGAGGACAUUGCCCGAGCCCGCAAGUUCAUGGAAGAUCUGUCUCUCUACGAGACCUGCCAGGAUGGGCUGUACAGCGGCCGGGGCUGCAGCGCCAGCCGGAGGGAGCUGCUGGAAGACGCCCAACGGGCCAUCGCAGCCCACAUGACGGCGGAGCCGAGAGGCAAGAGAAUGAAUGGCACCGUGGCCCCCCCGGGGGACGCCCACCCCGCCGCCGCCGCCUCCGGCAAAGUGUACCAGGCUGCGGCCGCCCCCCAGUCCCGCUCGCUGAACGGGAACAGCCGGGGGGGCGGCCAGGAGCCGGGCUGCUGCGAGGAAGGGCUCUGCACCCGCUCCGAGGUGGCGCUGCCCUGCUACGGCGGCUUCGCGGACAAGGGCAGGCGCUAUUCCUCCGAGAGCGCCCGGCACAGCGCCGGCAGCGCCUACGAGGGCGUCUACGUGCCCAAGCCGGCCGGCUCCUACCCCGGCCCGCCGGGCAGCCGAGCCCACGCCGGGCCCGAGGGCAAAUACAACGCGGCCAGCCCUAGGGCCAGCCUGGCCGCCUCCUGCCAGGAGCAGCUCAGCCGCUUCUCCAGCCCCAGGUCCAGCCUGGGCAGCAGCGGCGCCCCGGGCUACGAGAAGUUCUCCAGCCCCCGGGCCAGCCUGGUGGUGCCCGGGCAGGAGAAAUACACCAGCCCCCGGGCCAGCCUGGUGCAGUACGAAGGCAGCGCGCUGAGCCCCCGGUCGAGCUACGCCAGCACGGCCAGUGACACCAGCAAGCACUCCAGCCCCCGGGCCAGCCUGAACAGCUACGACUGCGGGAGCAAGCCCAGCAGCAACCGCACCAGCGGCAUCAGCAUGGGCUACGACCAGCGGCACAUCAGCCCCCGGUCCAGCACCGCCAGCCAGUAUUCCUGCACCAUCAGCCCCCGCUCCAGCUACUCGGACUCCCGCUACGGCCCGUCGGGGAAUCCCGAGCUGGAUGGGGCUGGCGGGCCUGGGCUCCCCAUGGUCAGCCCCAGGUCCAGCCUUUGCAGCCAGGAUGGUCGGACAGGGGCGGUGGGGAACUGCAACCCGUCUGUGAUCAGCCCCAGGUCUAGCAUCUCCAGCCAUAGCUCCAGAGGCUCCAUGAGCGCUUACCCGGAGCUCCAGCUGCCUUCCCCCCGCUCUUCCAUGCUGGGACCAAGUUUACAGGAGGAAAAUACCACGCAGGAGCAUGGAGAUGCUUAUCCCAGGCACGAGCAGCAGCAUCCUGCGGCCUCCAACCCCGACUCGGCUUCAGGGGCGUUAGCAGCCUACACCUACAGCCCAACCAAAGGGUCCGCUUCAGCUCCCAAAUUCAAGCUUCCGUAUCAGGUCACCCCGUCCAGGGAGAGUGGACCCAGCCAGGCAGAGAGGAGGUUGGAAGCCUUGACGCUGGAGCUGGAGAAGGAGUUGGAGAUGCACAUGAAGAAGGAAUAUUUUGGUAUUUGUAUAAAGUGUGGAAAGGGCGUAUACGGAGCGAGCCAGGCUUGCCAAGCAAUGGGUAACCUCUACCAUACCAACUGCUUCACCUGCUGCUCUUGUGGGAGAAGACUGCGAGGAAAAGCCUUCUACAAUGUCAAUGGUAAAGUGUACUGUGAAGAAGACUUCCUAUAUUCGGGCUUUCAACAAACAGCAGACAAGUGCUUUGUUUGUGGACACCUCAUAAUGGAAAUGAUCUUACAGGCUCUUGGAAAGUCAUACCAUCCUGGCUGUUUCCGCUGCGUGGUCUGUAAUGAAUGUCUGGACGGAGUCCCCUUCACUGUAGAUGUGGAGAACAAUAUUUACUGUGUCAAAGACUAUCACACUGUUUUUGCACCAAAAUGCGCUUCCUGUAACCAGCCAAUUCUACCAGCACAGGGCUCCGAGGAGACCAUUCGAGUGGUGUCAAUGGACAGAGAUUACCACGUGGAAUGUUAUCACUGCGAGGACUGCGGUCUCCAGCUCAACGAUGAAGAAGGCCAUCGUUGCUAUCCUUUAGAGGGCCACCUACUCUGUCAUGGCUGUCAUAUUAGGCGCCUCAAUAUCAAAGUGCCACCACAUCCACCUCCAAGCUACCCAAUGCAUGUUACAGAACUCUGAAAGACACUUUCUAUAGCAAUGAAUCGUUAGAGAGAAGAUGGAAGAACUAAAAAUGACUUUCCAGUUUUUAAAGAUGAAAUUCCUCUAAUAACCCUCUAAACCAGCUAUUUAUUUUUUUUAAAUCAUAUGUCAGAGGGCCUCUAUGAUCAUGUCCAUGUUUCCAUUUACCUUCUGCAUUUUCACUGAGACACCACUUACUUAAAAAAAAAAAAAAAAAAAAAAUGAUGCACCACUGAACUAACUGUGUAAGCAGCAGCAUUUCCCAGUACAGUGGUACGAAAGGCUCUGUUCUACACUUCUUGUUUGCUUCAUUCCAGUGGGAGUUUUGCCUGAGUAAGAAGUGUAGAAUUAAUCCCCCCUAAGUUAGCAACCUACAUAUCACAACAAGCGUGAUAAGAUAAAUACUAGCAUUUUAGCUAGUCCCAUUGCAUCCUAGUCUUAGAGAAUAAACAGUCUCACAUUUCUGGAAUACUUAGAUUCCCAGCAGUAGUUCAUAGGAAGCAAAGUAAAUAUAUUUUUAGUAACAAAAAUCUUCAACCAUGGGUUAAUUGGUGGUAUUCACACCUAGGAAAGGCUUCGGGCCAGUGUCUUUUCCAUCCUAUUUGCUGUCACAGUGAUCCAACAGAGUAUUUAGCCUGCUGCAGAAACAUGGCAGGUGUCUCCUAUAGGAAGCACAUUACAGAAGAAUGUGUCCAUUCGCAAAGUUAAGAUUCUCUCAUAAAGGGUUAUUGCAUAUGAAGAAAAUUCUGGCUCUCCAUAAUAACUUGCCACUUACAUGCUUGGUUUUUUGUAGCGGCACGAGACCAACUGCAGCUUUAAAAGCAUUUGUCAUGUUCUUCUGGUGAAUUGGCACUUACUAAGCAAUCCAUUUUUUAAACCUGUUUUUGUUCCUAGGUUUAGCAGCCCUUUUGGCUCUGCAAGGAGACACUUCUAUGUCUCAGUCCUACUUGUUUUAUACAAGACUUCAUUUGUUACAAACUGCUUUGCAAUUUUUUGUCGUUACAUUUUAAAAAUUGGCAGCAGUUCUGUCAUCUUUUCAGUUUGAUGUGUUCUUUUCCAGAUGUCAUUGUGAAUGAUUACAGUGAUCAUCUUCAUUUGAAAACCAAGCAUGAUUUAGCAGAAAUAAUAAUUUAGAGUUUCAGACAAUUGAAACAGAAAUUGGUAUUUUAUAACAAGUAUUAGAUGUACAUCGAAUGUACACACUUUCAUCUUUUGCAUAAGCUUUUACAGGAACCUCAGAACUCUGGGGUAAUAUAUAUCUUCCAUAUAGGAAGUUAGAUGAAUCUUUUUUUAAUGUUUGUUUUCUACUGUGCGUUGAUGAUUUACAUGCAAUCACACAUCUGUAUGUUUAAAUAACAAUUCCAUGUAGUCUCAUGAGAAUUGAUCUAGGCUUUCCUGAAAUUCUGUUAUAGUUUGAAAUAUGGCCAUCACGCCCUUCCUCAGAUAUAUUUAAAUGACAAAAUUCUUUUACUGUGAAGUAGGUGGAAAUAUCAGGCAAGAUUCUCAACACGUGUAAAUUGAAAGACCUGCAGUGACUUCAAGGAAGUUAUGCAGAUUGACACCACCUAAGAAUCUGUCCCAUCAGUUUUAGGAUUGUCACAUGUUAAGUUUCAUCAAACUAAUUAAGGAAAUAGCUAUUUGGCAACACCAUUGAAGUGUAGUAUAUAAAGACUCCAUUGAUGCAAUAAGGCAAUUCAGGAUAUGGUUGGAAAGCACAAGGAGCAACCAAUGGGCUCUGAUUCCUGAAUGGAAUAAUUAACUCAUGAGAUUCUCACUCCCUUUAUAGAGCUUUUUGAUAUUCCAAAAUAUCUUUAUGGUAAAAAAAAAUACAUUCAUUGAUGAUGGGAAGAGAUGAAUGCAACAGUUCAGAAACUGCUGCUGAAUUGUCUGGUUGGCAAAGAUUAAUCUGCCCUACUGGAUGAUCGUCAGUAAGUCCAAUGCGCCUUUAACCAGUCAUUUUAUAAUUAAUAGCUGGCUUAGUUAAUGUGAAAGCCAUGUUUUGGAGCACUGCUAAUGCUACAAAUAACCUCCUACAGUGGCAGUAAAAAUUAACCUUCUCACAAAUCUGACUUUAUCGAAGUAACUCGAGGAAUUUGCCUAGUAAUGAAAGUAUCAAAUUGAGGGUGUCAAAGCUUAAAGGUAAAUAUUUUGUAUUAGUCACAGUAUAAUACUUUUCCAUUUCACAAAACAGCUUUGGGCUUCAAGGCAUUGUAUUAGCAUGCGUUAUUGUUAAAACUAUAUGUAUAAAAACCCCACAUUAAGAAAAAAAUAUUAAAACAUACAGAAGAUUUGGGUCUGUUCACAUGAGCAAGCCAACCCAGAACAGUGCUUUCUACUGAAAAGUGCAUUCGCUCCAGGUGACUGGGAGCUAGAACUUCAUAGAACCAUAGAAAACAGAGAUGAGAGACCAAACUAGGUCAUUUAGACCAUCCCUCUGCCAGUGUAUUAACUAGUGCUAGGGCUAUUAAGUUUGUAAGUUUUCACUCCUACAUAGCUUUUCAGUGGACAGCACUAUCUAACAUGUACAUACAAUUCUUCUUCGAAAACUAUCAGACUUUAGAACAGAAUAAUACUGAAUUUCACAUUUUAAUUUUUCAGUUCUUUCUAGUAGUUCUACUCAGUUCCAAUAUGUGUUAAGUAUCUUCAUGGGAAAAUGUUGAAAAAUUAUGUUUCAAUAUAGAAAGAGCAGUUUGUUUAAAACCAGAAAGCAGCAGUUGUUGUUCCAGUAUUUCCUAUAGACAGGGGCAUUCUAUUAAAACACCAUAAAUUACAACUGGCUUUUAGAGAGAUGAGGUGAGGGAGGUAAUAUUGUUUAUUGGACCAACUUUUGGUGGUGAAAGAGACAAGCUUUCAAGCUACACAAAGCUCUUCAGGUCAGCUGACUUUUACAUCAUUAAUAUAAGAGCUGGACCAUAGUUGGUAUAAUUCACCUAUUAUUAUUAUUAUUCUUAAGGAAGAAUAAGGGGAAAGCUAGAAGCAAAUCUAAAGUGACAUGCUGUACAAUUUAGUAUUAAUGACAGUUCCUAUGCAUUUUACCUCCUGUCUGGGGAAUUGUAUAAAUGAAAGCAUCUAAUGCUUUGCUUAAGGAGUAUUCUUAUGUCAGUCAGUUCAACACAGAUGUAAACUUCCCAGUAUUCAUUUUAUAACAUGAUUAUUUAUUGGAAACCACCUCUGUGUACUGUACUUUCAGAAUAUUUCCAUAAAGUUUCAGCAUUUUACAACUUGUUCUCAUUUGCAUCAUGAGAACUCAGGAAUAAACCUUUCAUAUUUCAUUUUUUGUGGAAGAUUUCUACAGUGUCCCAAAAGGAUGUGGCCAUUUUAGGAGAUUCACAGAGUCCCUCGUGCACUGGAAGACAAGUUCCAAAGAAAUGACCAAAAUUAUGAUAAUUUUGGCAGGGGGGGGGGGAUCUCAGAUAUUUGAGCUUUCAAAAAGGGUUUUUUGUAUAUUUUGUAAAGUGGGGCUUCAAAAGUAAAGUAUGGAUGGAGGAGUUCUUUAAGACAAGAAAUUCCAGAACAGUUAAGUAAACCAAAGCUCUAAAGGAGGCACACAAAAGCUGCUUUCUUGUGUUUCAAGAAAAGUUUAAAAGUUUGUGAUUCAUCAUGCAACUAAUGCCAUAACUAGAAUAUAUAAUUUGACUUAAAUUAAGUUUUAAAUUAAGUUGAGAAAUAUUUUCAUUUUCUUUAAAAGAAUAUAGUUUCUUCCAAGAACUUGGACCAACGUUGAUUUUUAUUUUGUAGGAAAUAUAUAAAUGCCCUGUUUGUAUAUCAUGUAACUAGUUUACAUGCUGCAAAUAUACAUUAGUUUAACUAUUUUUGUAUAUAUCCUUGUAAAACUUCUAAAUGUGCUUCUUUGUCUUUUAGUCCCUAGAAUGACUUGUGGUUUUUAUGUUUCAGUGUUUGAUUCCCUUGAUUGUUGAAGAAAAAAGAUUGGGAAAUGUAGAUUUAUUUAUCUAAAGAAGAAGCUACUUGCUAUCAUCCUAAGUUAUUUAAUAUUAAAAGUCAGAAGUUUCAUUUAACCUUAGAUGUUAUAAUCUGCUUUUUUCAAUAAAGACAUUUUGUAGUUAA